UGAAAGAUGCUCCACGGGACGAUUGAGUGAUGGCAUGAGUGAUGGUGAUAACCUCGGUUAUGUUUGCCAUUUAACUAUUUCCACAAGAAGACACAACUAUCUAUGACGAGCGAAAUAAAAUGGCUUUCGCAAACCUGUUCUCGAGACUCUCUGCUGUGGAAGAGGAUGACAGGAGCCCUGCUCAGCAAAACUUUGCUCACAGGAACGAGCCUGAGAAUGGAAAACGAGGCAAUGCAAGAAAGAGGAAACCCCAGAGUGAGGAGACUGGCCCCAAUAAAAAGAAGCAAUUUCACCAAGCCCAGACAACUAGAGGCAAUAAUGCAUCAUCCUUCAGAGGCGGAGGCGUCAAGGCCAUGCACCACCAUAUGCAAAACACUCAGAGUGAACAUACAAUCACCAAGGGUCAGAAAUACAGAACUAAAAAUAACCAUAAUGGGACCCAGCAGCAGCAGAACUCGGAGAGGCAGAUAAAUCGGCAUCAGCAGAGGGACAGAUGGACCCCUGCUAACAGAGGUGGGGGCCAUCAGUCUAGACCUGCCUGGGGAAGAGGUAGAGGAGACCGUAAAUAUAAAAGCAAUAAGCAGGAGGUCCAAGUGCAACGUCCGAGGUUCAUGACUGAGGAGUUCAAGGACCAGAAUGCUAUGCUGGUGAACGGGCGCUUAGUUUGUCGACAUUUCCUCUGGGGAAGGUGCAUCAAGGAGGACACGUGUCAGCUGGAACACUUUAAGGGUUACAAUGAUCUCGUCAAAGAAGUGUGCAAAUUCUACAUUAUAGGAUUCUGCCAAAAAGGAGAGAGCUGCCCAUACAUGCAUGAGUCCUUCCCCUGCAAGUUCUUCCACAGAAGAGGACAAUGUUCUAAAGGAGCAGACUGCAAGUUCUCCCAUGAGCCUCUUAAUGACAUCACAACCAAACUGUUGGAUGAGGCAUUACAAAAGGAAAAGGACCUCAUUGAACUAACAAAACAAUCUGAACGGGAGUCUUUGCGACAGCCAGAGAACACAGAUGAGUCAGAAAUGAUAGAAGCAGACAAGACCCCCGAUAUACCCCUGCAACCACUCAGGCCUGUCUUUUACAACAGCGCAGAAGCCAAUACCGAGAAGGAAACCACGCUAUGUGCGACUGAAGCACUGACUGAUGAGGCAGCUGUCCCACCACGUGCACCGGAAGAGGCCCAACAUCAACCCCCCCAGUCAAGUAAUCUUAAUCCUGAGGAACCAGUCUGUUAUUCAGUGGAAGCCGUUCUUGGACCUCAAUUGUUCAAACCUUUCCCUCGCCUCUUUACAACUCCUGGAUGUGAAGAAUUUGGCACUUCAGGCUCUGCAAACCCAAAGGAAGUUCCUUACUCUGUGAAUGCUGUUCUCAGGUCCUUUAAAUCAACCCUUCCUAUUGUACAAACUGUAUCCUACACCCCAAAAACCGAAGGUGAUGAGAUCGCUUAUCCUCUGCUAAGCUCAGAAACUCCAAAUAAGAAGGUCUUGUAUUCAGAAAAUACAAGAAAUGAAGUGAACAAAUCUGAAAUGUUCAAGAGCCUCAAAGUGCACACUGGCCUGGUUUCCAAGACCUGCCCUAGUCUUACUCCGGCCUACAGGGACUACACGAAGCAAAGUGACUGUCGGCAAGAAUCUCUGAACCCCAGAACUGCUCAUGAAGUCAAGUUGGGCUUGCUGCAUACUUCUGUCACUGUGGCAAAGAAGUCCUCCGAAAACAAAGAUGUGAGAGGGAGCAUGCACCUGCAUGCCGAUAUGACAAGCUCCAUUAACUGUAAGAGUGAAGGUGGAAGCACUACUCACAGAAGCAUUUUGCCAAGAGCCCCUAAUAAGACUACUCCCAAACAGCCUACGCAGUUGAGGCCACAUAUCUCUGUUCUGACGGUUGACCCACAAGCCUCAGUAAAGCCUUCUCCCUCUUCAAGCUUCACCACAUGUAAAGGUGGAGCUGCUGCUGCUACAGUACAACCUGUCACCGGCUCCAUUAAUACAACUGAUCCUACAAACUCUGUCAGUCGUCAUUCUGCAGCCAAACAACCCACUGAGAUACCCCCGCCCUUCAAAAACACACAGUCUGGCCUCAAAUGUGGCACGCAGGAGCAUCGUUCAACUGAAAUCACAGCCGAGUGCAGCAGUAAAAUGACACAUGACACUGAUUUGGUCGUUGGAUGUACAAAGACCCCGAGAACACCCUUUCAUAGCCUUUUCGCAAGCCCAAUCACUGACACUCUGCAGCACAUAGACGAUUCUGUAAGAACAUCCUCUUGUCCUCAAUCUCCCCCCCCAGAGUCUGCCGAUCGCACAAGUGUUCAUGUUAAAAGUGCGCUUGAGACGGAAAAAGCCUCUGCCAGGUCCUUCCUCAGCCUGUUUGCUGCCCCCCUCAGUGCUGCUCCUAACCCAUGCAUGCAGCCUCAGACAGAGGAUUUAAAGACUUCCUCUGGUCCGCAACAGUCAAUUAAUAAUGAAACGAACUCCAAACAAAGCACUUCUAAAUUAGAGAAACAUCUGCCACACCAGGUUAUAAAUGCUGUCAAAGAACUCGCUCAUGUUCCAAGAUCACCCAAUUUGUCACCUAAUCCUAAAGUAGAAAAUAAAGACAGUUCCUUGGCUCUUGUUGAUCAGCCUACGAAGCAGAAGCUGGUUCCUGUCCGUGGCGUUGUGUCUGAUUCAACCCAUGCUCAUCAGCAGCUGCCUGACAUCUCACCCCACAAAGGAUCUGCUGUAGCAUCCACUGCACAUUCCGUUCUUAAGAAUCUCUUUCUUAGCCUGAGCCCGUACCAACAGGAUGCAGAGCAACAGGGAGAGUGAAAAGAUGGAUAAAACGGUCAAGGGGUGUGUCUUUGUGAAGCAACUGUUAUGGAAAAAGAAGGUAGACAUUUGAAUGUAAGUACUGUAUGGGGAAUCCUUUUGUACACAUGGCACAUGCAACGGUUCCCUUUAUUCCACUUUUUUUACUCUGAUCACUUACUGUUUUAUCAUAAUAUGAAAUGUUGACAGUUGCUGUAUAUUUUAUGAUUUAUCGUCAUAUCCCGUGAAGACACCAAAACCAACAAUGUGUCAGUCUGUAUUUCACAGCGUUACACCUUAUCUGUGGAUCUCUGCCCAAAGCCUAUUGGUUGCUACUGAAGAGGUCAAAUCUGGUCAUAAAUAUGAAGUAUAAUUUAAAGCCGUGUUAAUUGCACGGCUCGAUGGAUGGCACUUUGGUCGGUUUGUCGAUUUACCAUUUCAGUCCAACUAAAAUAUCCAAAAGACAACAGGAUGGAUUGCUAUGUCACAGAAAAUAUCUGUGAAGGUUAUCUUCUCAACAAAGAGAAUGGUUCAAUGUUGACGUGUUUCCCAAAUCACCCAAGGACCUUCUAAGGCUCCACUGUUUCUGACAUUACUGUUGGAAUACUGUUAUGUGAAACCACACUUAUAAUAAUGAUUAAUCAUGCCUUGUGGUCCGUAAUGAGGACAUUCAUUUCUUUGUUUACAACAUUUCAACCUUUCUUUUGAUCUUUUGUCAUUUUUGUUGCAGUCUUUAACUUAUUUGUUGUGCACCGUCAAAAUUGUAAUAAUUGAACAUUAAAAUAUUUUAAACAUG